AUGACACCAGCACGUACCGUGAGACGCAAAGAAAGAAACUGUCCAGCAGCCAAUCUCGAGUGUCAAAUAUCUGGCGUUCGUGUUUGCAUCGACGCUCUGAGCGCUUGCGACGGAGUGCCCAACUGUGGAGCUUACGAUAUUUACGACGAAGACCGCCUGAUGUGCGGAGAACCCUCCGGUCUCCAGCACAACGUGUACCUUGCUACAUGUACAUUUCUUGCCGUACUACUCACUCUGCUAUACACCGUUCAUUAUUGGUUAAAACGCUGCGUGCCACGAGUUUCUGAAGCUUUUUUCGUCUACACCGAUCGAUCUGAAAAUGUUUUAAAUUUAGAGACCAUCAUGAGAAGUCCAAAUGAUGACGAUGAUGAUUCCAAGAUAAUAUAUGGUGAACACUUUUUUGGAGACGAUGAAUUAGAUAUAGAUAAUAGCGAUAAAUUCAAGCAGAACUUUUUCAAAAAAGUAUGGAAAUUAUGUUUAGGCAUUUGCUUAAAGCAUCAACCGAAAAAAUAUGUACACGAAGAAACUUCUGCGGUUCUUCACUUACCACCAAAGCGAAUUUCUUCUUUCGCGGAGUUAGAAUUAAGCAAGAUAGGGCCCAAAAGAGCCGUUGAUGUAUGUGUGCAAACUGAGGGCAGUUUAGAACACGCUUUUAUUAAUAAAAUAAAGCAACAAAAAAUGGAAUGCAAAGAAUUAUUUUACACAGAUAAGUACGAAAAAUUAAAAAAAGACAAAAAUACAAUAAAGCGAAAACACACCGAUGAGUUGAAUAUUUUAAAGUUUAUGAAGGAAUCGCGAUCCGAUUCUAUACAGUCUGAUCCAGUAAAUAAAAGCUCUAAACUUCUAAAUAAUGUUAGUACAAGUUUAGAGUUAGAAGUUGAUGACGAAAAGGAAUUGUUAAGUACUAUAUAUGAACCUCAAAGUACUGGUUCGCAUAAGAUUGAUUCCGCUAAAGUUAUAACGCGCUGUGAUAUACAUUCAGAGAAGAUAGAACCAACCGUUCGAAAACAUUUGCGUUUUGACGAAGCAGCAACUACAAUACCUUCUGUUAACACUGACGAAGAAAUCUUAGACGGAGAUGAGAAAUACAGAAAACCACUUGUGGUUCUUGGUACUGAGAAAUUGCGCUAUUCAGGCACCAUAGACAAGCUAGACCAACAGGGUUCGGGGAGAGAAUUUAUGCGUUUCUGGAGCGGAAACAAAGUUAAAAAAACUAAAAAGAAGAAGAAUGUAACUACACAUUAA